GAGGGCAGUUCAGUGACUCUGACCUGCAACAGUGAUGCCAACCCACCUGUGCAGAGUUACACCUGGUGGUACAAGAAGAAUGGAGGUGACUAUCAGAGUAUGACAGGACCACAGCAUGUCUUCAAUCAAAUCCAGUCAUCUGACACUGGAGAGUACUACUGUGAGGCCCAGAAUGAGAUGGGGACAGACAGGUCUAGGACCAUAAACAUGGAUGUGAAGUAUGACCCAAAGAGCACCUCAGUGUCAGUCAGUCCCUCUGGUGAAAUAGUGGAGGGCAGUUCAGUGACUCUGACCUGCAGCAGUGAUGCCAACCCACCUGUGGACAAAUACACCUGGUACAAGAAGAAUGGAGCCUCACCAAAAGCAUCAGGACAGAGUUACAGCAUCACUAACAUCAUCUCUGAGGACAGAGGAGAAUAUUACUGUGAGGCCCAGAAUGGAAGAGGAUCUAUGAACUCUACAGCUCUGAUGAAUCAAUGUAGCAGGUAA